GCGGGGGGCGGGGCCAGCCUUCCUUCAGCUGGCCUUGGUCGGAGGGCCGCCUGGCAGCAGAGGAGAAGGCCGGAAGCAGCGCAAUGUCGGGCCCCCUGGCCGCCGCUGGCAAAGUUGUUCAGAUCCUGGACAAAAGUCUAUUUUCUGUUCUGCGUGUUACUAAAGGAUCAUGUUACAUACUGAAUAGAAGAUUAUGCAGCAAACCCCAGGAGAGCAAUGUACAGACGUCAAAACCAGAGGCUUCAGGAGCCUCUUUCAAAAUCCCAGGACACAAGCCCACUGAACGAGAGAAGAGAAUGUUGCUAUGGACAGGCCGAUAUAAGAAAGCAGAGGACAUACCUGAAAAUGUGUCGUUUGAGACGAUAGAUUCUGCUAAGAACAAAAUCCGUGUGCAGAUGAGCUAUCUGAUGAUUGGUUUGACAAUCGUGGGCUGCGUAAUUAUGGUUAUUUCGGGGAAACAGGCUGUUGGAAGACAUGAAUCCCUGACGAGCCAGAACAUGGAGAGAAAAGCUCGCUGGAGAGAGGAGGCCGCCCAGAGUGCUUCUGCUAAGCCAUGAAUAAGGGGAAGGUGGAUUUUCACUUUCCAGUUACAAAGCAGCUGUCUGAGAAAUGUAUUUUUAUCAGUUGCUCUUGCUUAUUGUCUUCAAGCUUAUAUAAAGAAUAAAUUAUUUUGAAUUAAUGUUUCUUGAUGAAGUUUCCAUAUUUUGCUAGUAUCAAAUAACUAUUUUUGACCAGAGGCUAAAUUGUUUCUUACUAGAUAUUAACAUUUCUGUACCUUGUAAAACAUAUGUUGCUAUAUCCAUAUGUGAGAGGCCAGUCCAGGCUCCCAGAUGGUUAGACAUAUGUAGAGUUGCAAAUUAAGUAGCAUGAUUGUCUUAACACUUUAUGCAAGGCUUGCGAGUCCACAUUUUAAUCCCGUUGUGCAAAUGUGUGUUAAACCAAUAGUAAAAGAACAUGUGUACAUUGA